AUGCUACCUUCUAUAUCACUCCAAACCUCUCCAAAGCAGCAGAAAAAUACCAGUGGUUCACCAGUUGCAUCAUCUUCUCGGAAACUCCCCUCUAUGCCGCCCUCAUCCACAAGUGUGCAAUGUCAAACCCAAGUUCCAACCCAAGUUUCAAUGGGACAGCAAACCCCGCAAGCACAGCAGUCAGCCGCAACUAGCAAACAAUUUACUCGAGCUGGCUAUUUCACUUCGAGGAACCUGAUUACACUUGCUUUUCCUUCUUGGAUGAACAGUCUUUUGGAAAGAGUCGUCAAGCAUCUCAUGACUUGGGAUGUAGCAACAACCAUUGCUGCAGUUGCCAUUAUAGUUGGUACUGUUAUAUCAUAUUUCGCGUUGAAGUUAGCUAUUUGGACUGCGACCAAGGACUAUAUAGAAUAUUGCCAAGGAGAACAGCCAACUCAAGUAGCAAGUGUGCAAUACCAAAAGGUGGCCACCCAAGCGCUACCUCCGCCUCCUUUCUGUCGAUAUGAAAAUGGUACUAUAUUGCGUCGAACAUGGGCCGGGACAAUGAUUGGAGCCACUGAGUCGAGAACGCAAAAUGAUUAUUAUAUUUUUGGGUAUGCACUUAUAACAUCUACAACGUUUUAUGCUACAUGGAAAGCGAAACAUUCGAAAAUUCUGAAAAUCCUAAGAGACUCGAGUGUGCCUGCACAAAAUGACGUGGAGCGACAGUGUCAAAACCUCGAUCAUUACAUUAAAGAUACAUGUUCUACAGACCUAGCUGGACAGCAUGCUUUCACAGCGCUUCCCCGAAAAAAUUCGAGCUGA